CCCCACUGACCCAAACACACACUUCUCUUCUCUCUCUCAUCUCAUUGGAGACUUAUAAAUCCUAUUACCUCACCAUAUCCAAUAACCACCACACACAGACCAAUAUCCAAAAAAAAAACUAAAACUAAAAAUAUAAUAUAUAUCGUUUUCUUUCCAAAAAUAAUCAUUUAAGAAACCCCAUCAUCUUGAUAGUAUUAUAAAAUUAAUAAACCUCUCCCUGAAAAUAUCUCAUCCUUCACCAAUCAAAACCUUCUCAUGUCUUCUUCUCUCCUCGACCUUUGAGGUGGAAAAUUAAAUAUAUUCCCUUAGCUUUUUUUCUCCUUUAGUUUUCUUCUUCUUCUUGAGUUUUUUUUCUUUUGAUCCUCUCUAAUUUCCUUGUUGAUUCAUCGACUAGAUCUAAUUCUUCUCACAAAAGACUGAGUGUGUUCUUUCUUUCAAAUCUUUCAAAAACUAGGGUUUUUACUGUCUUGAAAUCAUAUUUAUUCUUCUAAAUUUAGCAAAAAGAACACGAUUUACUUUCCAUUUCAGUCGUCUUGUCACUCUCUCUCUCUUCUUUAAAGUCUCCCUUUUUAGCAAAAAUUCUCUCUCUCACAAAAUUUAUUUCCUCUGGCUUCUUCUUCCUCCUCCUCCAUCUCUUCUCUUUACUCUCUCUUUAAUCAUCUCUCAUUCUUGAAUCUUGAUCCAUCAAAAUCAAUCCCGUUCUCGAAAGAUCCAUUAAAAUCAAAACCUAAGCUCUCUCUCUUGCUUCUAGGGUUUUUUUGUUCGUUGUGAUGGCGAGAGAAAAGAUUCAGAUCAGGAAGAUCGACAACGCAACGGCGAGACAAGUGACGUUUUCGAAACGAAGAAGAGGGCUUUUCAAGAAAGCUGAAGAACUCUCCGUUCUCUGCGACGCCGAUGUCGCUCUCAUCAUCUUCUCUUCCACCGGAAAACUGUUCGAGUUCUGUAGCUCCAGCAUGAAGGAAGUCCUAGAGAGGCAUAACUUGCAGUCAAAGAACUUGGAGAAGCUUGAUCAGCCAUCUCUUGAGUUACAGCUGGUUGAGAACAGUGAUCACGCCCGAAUGAGUAAAGAAAUUGCGGACAAGAGCCACCGACUAAGGCAAAUGAGAGGAGAGGAACUUCAAGGACUUGACAUUGAAGAGCUUCAGCAGCUAGAGAAGGCCCUUGAAACUGGUUUGACGCGUGUGAUUGAAACAAAGAGUGACAAGAUUAUGAGUGAGAUCAGCGAACUUCAGAAAAAGGGAAUGCAAUUGAUGGAUGAGAACAAGCGGUUGAGGCAGCAAGGAACGCAACUAACGGAAGAGAACGAGCGACUUGGCAUGCAAAUAUGUAACAAUGUGCAUGCACACGGUGGUGCUGAAUCGGAGAACGCUGCUGUGUACGAGGAAGGACAGUCGUCGGAGUCUAUUACUAACGCCGGAAACUCUACCGGAGCGCCUGUUGACUCCGAGAGCUCCGACACUUCCCUUAGGCUCGGCUUACCGUAUGGUGGUUAGAGAUGGAACAAUUCAAAGAAGUUGAUGGAGUGAGGAGAGUAAUGUAAAUCUUUUUAACUCGGUAGUAACAAGAGACAAUGUCUAAGUAGUGAAUUCUCAAAUGUUUGUGUAAGUUUCUGCCUAUGGAAGAGGCUUUCAUUUUUAUGAUUUUCACUAUGUAUGAUCUCUCUUCACUGCAUUUCUGGUUAGUAACGCUUGUCACCGAUAAACUUUCUCGUUAUGGAAAGUUAGAAUAUAAAAUAUUGUAGAAUUUUGAUUAUCGAUAUACUCUUGGUUAGGGAUCAAAAAUAUAUUUUAG